AUGGAGUUUUGGGUCAUCGGCAUUGAGGCUUCUCGACGGCGAGAGGAGAGGCGUUAUGGCCCUAUGGCUGGGAUUCUACUGGUUGAUCGGCGAUCGACUGAUUGCGUCUUGUACAUGAUCCGAAAGCUUCUGGGAAUGGUUAGAGUUGCAUACUUUGAGUCCUUGAUCGUGUUUUCAGGUUAUGGACUUUUGAUUCACAGAGGAUAUCAGGAAGUGUGCAGAAUUGAGUAUAGAAGGACCCAGCUACUGGAAACCACUCAAUAUCUGGAGCAUGCUGGUGAUGCAAAGGAUUGUGGGGGUGAUGACCUAGAGAGCUGUGCUCGUAGCCCCGAGGAUUUCUCCUUGAGUGUCGAUCAACUCAAUCAAGACUUCAACAAAUCUCUCGUUCUUAAAAAUUCAUCCUCUAUUGAAUUGAAGGACAGUUCUAAUCUGACUAUGAAGCAAUCGGAAGUUCCUGACAAGAAGGAAACUAAAAGAAGGUAUGCUGUGGAAAUGGGAACAGCUGCGAAUGAAAAUGAUGCAUAUUUGGAUCUCAAACUGUCACCUCCAGGGGUCUACUCAAGGGGUAAAUUGUCGAAUGAAUCGAAAUCAUCAUCCCCAAGAUCUCAAGACUCAUGCAUAUCUGCAGAGGUCGAGUCAAAUGUAAACUCGGAGAAUAAUAACCUUCGAGUUGAAAGUUCACCGUUGAUUGUGAUGGGAUGUACUUUUUGCCUGCUUUAUGUGAUGGUGACAGAUGCAGAUCCCAGAUGCCCUAAAUGCAAAAAUCCUGGCUUGCUCGACGUUUUCCGUGGUAAUCAGGUGAAGAGAUCAAGAAAGAACUAGUUUCCUUUCAAGUAGUUUACUUGGUGGUUGGUUUCAAAUGCUCCAGUAUGCUCUUGAACUGAUGCACCCUCUGCUUUUUUCUUGAACUGAUGCUGCUGCUGUUGCUGCAUGCACCACCAUCUUUUCACUUGGGGAGUCAGAAUAGCAUCUUUAAUAAAAACAAAAUACAAUUUAUGGUUCUUUUUGCUCUGUAGUUUGGCUGUUUUGCCCUUCUUUUGAAGAAGGCCAAUUCAUAUGGGAUAUGGUCUUCAAAACAGCGCUUUAUACAUCACAUUAAGUUACUGUGACCCUCUUGUUAAAGACAGUACACUUUUUCCUUCGUUUGGAGAGUUUAUUUCUUUUUCUGUGCCA